AUGUCUGAGUCGGAGAGUCAUACAGCCAGCCCAUUGAGGGCGUCUACUCGCAGGCAGUCUCGCAAUCCGCGCUUGCGGCUAGCUUGCCUGAGAUGUCAGCGCCGCAAGAUCAAGUGCGAUGGUGAACUUCCUCAAUGUAAGAAUUGUAGAAACACGGGGUCGGAGUGCGUGGAUGGUGAGAGUGCGAGGUUGAAGGACUUUCCGAGAGCGUACAUUACAAACUUGAAAGACAGGGUGCGGUGGCUCGAAAGUAUUAUUCAAGAAAAAUGUCCAGAUGUGGAUUUGAGUCAGGGGCCGAAUUGUGAGGAUUUGCAGUCCGUUCUACACAGUGAAGCCACGCCCGUGAGACAAGUCGUACCCGUCCCGUCAACACUUGAUCAAAGCGAGACGAGGACAGCUUCGUCUCAUGAAAUUGGCCUUGUUUCCCUGGGAAGUAGUCAAGAUCCGCGGUAUAUCGGUCCUUCAAGUGGCUAUUUCCUCGCCAGAGUGAUGCUCACAAAGGGUUCUUCACAAGCAAUUACUGGAAGCAGGGACAUGGCGUUUACAACGGAUCUGAUUGAGACGGUCCAGAGUGCGGCAAGCCUGCCAGCGAGGGAGAUUGCCGACCAAAUUUGCGAUGCCUUCUUCGACAGUCUUCAUGCAAUGUAUCCAGUCUUACAUCGGCCCACGUUCUCCAAGCUCUUGGAUCAAAUGUACAGUUUACAAGGUGGCUCACCUGAAGUUUCCUUCCAGGUGUACAUGGUUCUCGCGAUGGGAAGUUUGGUGGUGUCUCAGAGACUCAAGGCGAGGUUGCCGGCUGAGUCGUACUGUUUGUCGGCCCUGCGAUAUUUUGAUCGUGUAAACGUUGAGAAUUCCCUGUCUGGUCUGCAGUGCUUGCUGUUGCUUCUCAUUUUUACGUUGCAUAAUCCGCAUGUCAGAGUGAAUAUUUGGUAUUUGAACUACCAGGCUAUUGCCGCGGUUGUUGACCUGGGAUUGCAACGUGACAUUACAACUCAGAGUGGAAUCUCGCUGCUUGAGCAGGAAAUGAGAACGAGAAUCUUUUGGGUGGUGUUUAUGAUGGACCGAAUCAUUGCUACUACCAUGGGCCGUCCUAUCGGUUUAAGGGAUGAAGCGUGCGACUUGAGAUUACCCCGGCUUGUGGAUGACGACGAUCUCAUGACCGUUGGGACUCCUCACUCCCAUAACUCGGUAUUCAAGCCCAUCGCAUACUCAAUACACCUUUUCCGGCUCGCCAAACUCAACUCAGAAAUCAAGUACGUCGCAAACAGCGUCGUCCGACAAACCCCCGUCUACGCAUACCCCGCCGUGAUUGACAUUUUCGAAUGGCAAACCACCAUGCUCGAGCAGAUCGAUCAGUGGGAAGAGCACAUCCCCAGCGGCGACGGCUCCCCUACAACGCAACACCUAGACGUUGUCUGUCGUAUCCAGGGGCACACAUUACGAAUGGUCCUCCUACGACCAAGUCCUGCCAUCCCCAAACCAACCAGGCAGGCGUUGGAAAAGUGUCACUUCAGCGCGCGGGAGGCAUUGAAACUCUUAAACAAACUAUACAUCAGAAACACACUUAUCCACAGCUGGUUGACGUUUCAUGCCGUUGUCCUCAGCACGUUAAGCAUAAUGUACUGCGUGAAAAUGGUGCCAGACCUCCGACAGCAAACGGAGCUGCCGGAGCUGAUGAGCGAUCUGAGCAUCGCGUCUAGUAUUUUAAGCGCAAUAGGCGAGCAUUGGGCAGGGGCGAGAAGGUGUCGCGAUAUAUUGGAUGAACUUGGUCGUUCUACGAUGAAGGAUCUCCUCACGCCGGAGAGUCAGAUGCCGGCGAGGGAGCCAAGACGACGAGGACGGACGGUACAGCGACAAGCGAAUGUGACGCCGAUAUCAUUACCCGACGUUGAUUUAUCUGCCGAUGGAAUGGGCUUCACACCUAUGAUUGAGCCUAGUGCAUUUUUUGACGACUUUCUUGGUAAUGACUCUUUUGCGAGUUGUUUCCCCGAUGAAAGUUCAAGCAACAUUGAUGAAAUUGUGCGAAACAUGUUUCAAGAUGAUACGACUGCGUUUGGAUGA